GGGGGUUGUCGGGACGAGGAGUCUGCUUCUUGAUUUUGGUGAAGCCUAGGUCAGAACAAAAGGGAAACUUAAGAUGUUGCCGCCUCUCUUUUUUCUCUCCCGGCUUCUCCAUAGGAUGAGGCCUCCAGCUCCACCUCUUCUGAUCGCCUGCCUUGUGAUGUCGCUGAACAGCUACACCCAGCAGGUUCCUCCCUGCCUGCCCCAGUAUCCGGGUCCAGAAAGCAACGCUAGUUUUGUCUGCAACUCUUCAUCGCUCCGCGAAUUUCCCUCCGGCUUCCCCAGUGAAACCAAGACCAUCACCGUUCAGUCCACCCAGAUCUCCAACCUGGGUGCGGAGGCCCUGCAGGGUCUCCCACAGCUCCAGGUGCUUUCUCUGAUUGGCAACCAGCUGAAGACCCUUCCAAGCGGCCUCUUCCGUAACCUCCCAGCACUGCAGUCCUUGGACCUCUCCGGAAAUCUCCUGGAAGAUCUACCUGCAGAUCUCUUCGCGCCCAUCAGUAGACUGGCUGACUUAUUCCUCGAUGCAAACCAGCUGACUGAGCUGCGCCCAUCCUGGUUCGAAACCCUGGAGGAACUCAAGAACCUGCGCCUCGAUCACAAUCAGCUGAAGGAGAUCCCGCCCAAUUGCUUCCGUAAACUGACCCUGUUGUUGUCCCUGGACCUUUCCUCCAACCUCCUCCGUUGCCUCUCUCCGGAGGUGUUCCAGGGCCUCACGUUUCUAACGGAUUUAAUUCUGAGAGACAACCCGGUUGUGUCUAUCGCCCCCGACACCUUCCGUGGGACUCCCAUGCUGUGGGUCCUCUCCCUGAGAAACAACAGCCUGACCCACGUUCCACCAGGGCUCUUUCGGUCCUUGAAGAACCUGGGAGAGCUGGAUCUCUCCGCCAACGAGAUCACCUCCCUGGAGGCUCCCUUGGUCAACGUGUCUUCCGAGUUCAGUCUCGAUCUCUCCGGCAACCCAUGGGCAUGUGACUGCCGCCUGCAGACUCUCUUCAACUGGGCCCAGGAAGGCAACGUGGAUUGGUUCUCCAAGAAAAACGUGGUCUGCGCUUUCCCCAAAAGUUUGAAGGGGAAAGUGGCAACUUCACUGAAGAGAUCCCAACUUUGUCCCUGCUAAACCUUCGGAAUGGAUCCUUUUCCUUCCAGCCUGCUUCGCGAACAGCGAGAUUUCCCGGUGUGGGGAGCCUUUCCAGUUGGAUUGGACUUCAACUCCCAGAAAUC